AAGCGCCGCCGGAAAUACUCCCCUGGGCGGAAGCUUCUGAGCGCGAUAUAGCGGAAGUGCCUUCUCUUCCGGCCUCUUUGGUCUCGGCCACAGAAGCGCGAUGACGAAGGGAACGUCAUCGUUUGGAAAGCGUCGCAACAAGACGCACACGUUGUGCCGCCGCUGUGGCUCUAAGGCCUACCACCUUCAGAAGUCGACCUGUGGCAAAUGUGGCUACCCCGCCAAGAGGAAGAGAAAGUAUAACUGGAGUGCCAAGGCUAAAAGGCGAAAUACCACCGGGACCGGUCGAAUGAGGCACCUAAAAAUUGUGUACCGCAGAUUCAGUAAACAGUGGUACGAGUUAUGAGUGUCUAGAGCAUGGUUUGAGGCAGACUCCCCAAAAUGGCAUGGAUUCCGCGAAGGAACAACACCUAAACCCAAGAGGGCAGCUGUUGCAGCAUCCAGUUCGUCUUAAGGAUUUCGAUGAUUAGUCACGCAAUAAAUGUUCUGGUUUUAAAAAGUA